GUCGCCACAUGUGGCGACCUGACUUUCCUACCCCGCUCCGCCCGGAAUGGUCCUGUAAUCCUGCGAUGGGUGCAAUGCCCCCACGAAAUGUGCUGCGCCAGUGUAGCAAAAGGCUUCGUGCCGCGCCCUCCACAGCCUCCGAAGGGUGCCGGAAAGGCCUACAUGGGCGGUCCCGGGCCAAGAGUAGCCACAAGCGGAGGAGUCUGGCGCUGUCGAUCUGA